AUGUCUUGUCCAUUCUGUUCUAUUGCUCAAGGCAAGUCAGAUGCCUACAUCAUCUAUGAAAAUAGCUCGCUCAUGGUCUUGCUCGAUGUCAUGCCCAUCACAAAAGGGCACAUCCUCGUCAUUCCCAGGCAACACUUCCCAGACUUGCUUUCCUUUCCUGCUGAGCUGGCUCGUGAGAUUGGAGGAGCCUUGCCCGCUGUCUCUCGCGCACUGACACAAGUGCUCGGUGGGAGAAACUUCAAUGUGCUCAAUAACAACGGCGAGCGUGCUGGACAGACGGUCGAGCACCUGCACUUUCACAUUGUCCCACGCAUUGAAGGAGCCAAUUGGGACAUGUUUGGGCGUAGUACUGCGUACAAGACUGGCGGAGGACACAUCCGCGGAGAGGAUCUCGACGACGAUGAAGCAGCCGUUCUCACAGCCAGCUUGAAACGCGCUCUGCAGCGUGAUCUUUGGCAUGGCCGCGGUCUUGCGGACGACUCGACAAAUCAUCAGAGCGGACAUCAGUCUCACAUUGAGCAUAUCGCACUUCUACUCUCUGGUUCAGCCUUUGUCUUAUCAGUGCUCGCGUUGCCUGCUGCGGAGCCUCAAGUGUUUGGCGCACCAGGUCGAGUACCGCCUCAGACUGGCGGCAAUCGUAACCUUGGCACCUACGGCAGUGGCAGAAACGGUCAAGUGACAACAGGACCCAAUCCCAACCCGCAGAUCAACAACCGCGAGAUUGACAAGAAGUUGCAGCAUCUAAAGACCUUGUACGAACGGACACUCAACGAGCACCGCAAGAUUGAUAAUCGUGAGCAACGAUUUGACUCGGACCCGCUCACCCGAGGUAAGGAUGACGCGCAGCUGAGUCAGACGAAGCAGGAGGAUCUGAGAACGCAUCAGCAGUACAACCAGCUGGUGCAGGAGGUUCGUGCUAUGGGCUACACCGGCACCAUCACCCCUCCUACGAUGAAGAAUGUUCCGCACACGCAGCGUACAGGAGCUCCAAGGUGAUUUGGCCAGUCUACUUCAGAGGUAGCCGUAGAAACAAGUACAAGGAUAAGUAUAAGUACAAGUAUGGUACAAGUAUAA